CCGCCCCCGACGCCGGCGUGCGCGUCCCCCGGGCGGCCUGGCCGGUCUGCGCUGCGAGAUGGCGGCGCCCGGAGAGGAGUCCGACGCCGAGCUGGAGGAGCUGCUGGCCAGCGCCCUGGAGGACUUUGAGAGGGCCGCGCCCGGGGAGCCCGCCGGAGGAGGAGGAGGAGGAGGCGGCGGCGGCGGGGCCGGCGAGGGGGGCGCGGAGCCGGCGGGGGAGGUGCAGGGCCGCCUGCUGGCCGCGCAAGAGACCUUCUUCCAGGAGCUCUUCGAGGGCGAGCUGGCGUCGCAGGCGAGCGCCGAGUUCGAGCGGGCCAUGGAGGAGCUGGCGGCCGAGGAGCCGCUGCUCGUGCAGCAGUUCCAGAAACUCUCGGCCGCCGCGGGCAGAGUCGGGAGCGACGCCGCGUCGCGCCAGGAGUUCACCUCCUGCCUGAAGGAGACGCUCAGCGGGCUGGCCAGGAACGCCGACGGCCUGCAGAGCUCCGGGGUGUCGGAGGAGGAGCUGAGCAGGACAAUGGAGGGGCUCGGCCUGGAGGAGGGGGACGGCGGGGAAGGCAGCCUCUGGCCCAUCAUGCACAGCAUCAUGCAGAACCUGCUCUCCAAGGACGUGCUCUACCCCUCCCUCAAGGAGAUCACGGAGAAGUACCCCGAGUGGCUCCAGAGACACCGAGACUCCUUGCCCAGGGAGCAGUUCGAGAAGUACCAGGAGCAGCACAGGGUCAUGGGAAGGAUCUGCGAGCAGUUCGAGGCUGAGCAGCCCACGGACGGCGACCCACAGCACAGGGCCCGCUUUGAAGCGAUCUUGGACCUGAUGCAGCAGCUGCAGGACCUGGGACAUCCUCCCAAGGAGCUGGCCGGAGAGUCGCCUCCUGGCCUGAACUUUGACCUGGAAGGACUGAAUCUGCCUGAUGCUGGAGGCACCGGAGGCGAGCAGUGCCAGAUCAUGGGUUGCUUGGAAAAUGAGGCGCUUCGCUCAGAACUGCUCCACUCGCCCGGCCGGCCCUGGCACAAAAACCUCUUGGGCUCUGCGAGGGUGGAAGGGCUUUGCCCGCAACAGUCUGCCUUGCGGAGGGCGAGAUGCCCCGCGGGAGGCUCGCCCACCACUCGCAGGUCGAGGUGUGAAUGUGCCCGGAAGGAGGAAUCGGCUGCCUUGCGGCCGAAUCGAGCCAGGGCGGCUCUCGGUUGGUGCAGCCUCGGAGGGACCCGGCGCUCCCGUGGAAAGCCCGGCCGGCCGGGAGAGGAUCCCCGGGAGUCUGAUCGCCGGUUUCUCUGCGCCGGUUCCCGGGUAUUGCCGACCCUCCCCCGACGUAAGAGGCGGCAGGACAGGAGCAAGAUGUCAGACGUGGGGAACAGCACAGAGGGGAAAACGAACAUCCCUAACGGAAGCCUGUCCAGCAGCCCGGAAGAGACCUCCGGCACCACGGAGGGGCCCGAGACGUCUUCCGGGGUGGAGGUGGAGGCUUCUGACCUGAGCCUCAGUUUGACAGGGGACGAGAUGGGCCCCAGUCACACGUACACAGAGAGCUCCACAGAAGAGAAGGACUCGGACAGCAUGGAGGAGACAGGCCACUACUCUGUCAACGAGCUGAAUCGGACCUACGACCGCUCUCCCUCGGAGGAGGAGGAGGAAGAGGAAGAAGAGGAAGAGCAGCAGCAGCAGGAGGAGGCGGAAGUGGAGGCCCAGCGUUCCCGCUGGCGAACCCACCGCAAGCGCCCCAACCAGGACAGGGACUCCUCGGACGAUGAGCGGGCCCUGGAGGACUGGGUGGCCUCGGAGACGAUGGCGCUGCCCCUGCCACGCUGGCGGGCGCUCCAGGCACUGCGGGAGAGGGAGCUCGGCUCCAGCGCCCGCUUCAUCUACAACGCCUGCGGGGCCCGGCUGUUCGUGCAGCGCUUCUGCCUGCAGUAUGGCCUGGAGGGCCACGGCGGCUGCGUCAACACCCUGCACUUCAACCAGCGUGGGGCCUGGCUGGCCAGCGGCAGCGACGACCUCAAGGUGGUGGUGUGGGACUGGGUGCGCAGGCGGCCCGUGCUGGAGUUUGAGAGCGGCCACAAGAGCAACGUCUUCCAGGCCAAGUUCCUCCCCAACAGUGGAGACUCGACCCUGGCCAUGUGUGCUCGGGAUGGCCAGGUCCGCGUAGCUGAACUCUCCGCCACGCAGUGUUGUAAGACCACGAAGCGGGUGGCCCAGCACAAGGGUGCGUCGCACAAGCUUGCCCUGGAACCGGAUUCCCCCUGCACUUUCCUCUCGGCAGGAGAAGACGCUGUGGUUUUCACCAUCGACCUGAGACAAGACCGACCGGCUUCGAAACUGGUUGUGACCAAGGAGAAGGACAAGAAGGUCGGCCUCUACACCAUUUACGUGAACCCAGGCAACACGCACCAGUUUGCUGUGGGAGGCCGAGAUGAAUACGUCAGGAUCUACGACCAGCGGAAGAUUAAUGAAAACGAGAACAAUGGGGUGUUGAAGAAGUUCUGCCCCCACCACCUGGUGAACAGCGAGUCGAAAGCCAACAUCACCUGCCUGGUCUACAGCCACAAUGGCUCAGAGCUCCUGGCCAGCUACAACGACGAGGACGUCUAUCUCUUCAAUGCUUCCCACAGUGACGGAGCCGAAUACAUCAAGAGAUACAAGGGCCACCGCAACAACGCCACAGUGAAGGGGGUCAACUUCUACGGCCCCCAGAGCGAGUUUGUGGUGAGCGGCAGCGACUGCGGCCACAUCUUCCUGUGGGAAAAGGCGUCUUGCCAGGUGGUGCAGUUCAUGCAGGGUGACAAAGGGGGCGUGGUCAACUGCUUGGAGCCUCACCCCCACCUCCCGGUUCUGGCCACCAGCGGCUUGGAUUACGACGUGAAGAUCUGGGCCCCCACUGCGGAGGUGCCCACCCAGUUGACCGGCUUGAAGGAGGUGAUCAAGAAGAACAAGCGGGAGCGGGACGAGGACAGCCUGAACCACGCAGACAUGUAUGAGAGCCACCUGCUCUGGUUCCUCAUGCACCACUUCCGCCCUCGGCGGCGCCACAGGCGCCAACGAGAUCCGGGCACCGGAGAGGCCGACAGCGACUCCGAGGACUCCCUCAGCUCCUCGGACACCCUGGACGAAGACGAGGAAGGGCCGGACCGGGUGCAGUGCAUGCCUUCCUGAGUCCCCGGCGCCACGGAAUAGGCUGCGGAGACCCUGCCCUCUGGAAUUAGGCCCCCUCUUCCUGCUUUAGAUGAGAGGCCCAGCCCCGCCCUGCCUGCCAGCCCUGGCUAGCGGGGGGGGGGGGGGCCGGCUGGGCUCAGCCCCCGCCCCGGGAC